CAGAAUCAUAAUUCAUCAUCACCAAAUUCAAUAUCAUCAUCAUCAUCACCGACACCAUUAUCGCCUGGAAGUUAUCAUGUUCGUCAUCAUCGUCAUGAUUUAUUGAUUGGUAAUAAUAAUUUGAAAGAAAAUCUGAAUAUGAUGAGCACUGUGAUGAACAAUAAUACAAAUUCCACGGCAGCAAAUACUUUAACAACACCCACAACGACAACAUUAUCGAUACAAACUAAUAAUAAUAAAAUCAAUACAGCAACGCCUAAUAAAGGAACCAAUCGUAAAGGUAGCAGCAAUAUUAAUAAUAAAGAGAAUACAACGAAAAAUGGUCGAAAUUCUGGUCAAAAUAAUCAUCACGAUACAUUGAUAAUGAAUAAUGGACGUCGUAAUAGUCAACAACAAAAACAGCAAAAGCAACAGCCAUCAUCAAUUUCAUUAUCUGAAAUGUCUAUACGAACAACAAAAACAACAUCAUCAACUAAUGCUAGUCCAACAUCAUUGUCUGAAACAUCGUCUAUCGAUCAUACAUCAUCAAUAUGUAUUAAUAAUCGUCAUAAUAAUAAUAAUUUAAUGGCGGAUAAAUAUCAUCAAAAUCAUAAUAAUGAUUCAACAUCAUCGAUAGCUAAUAAUGGUGAUCUGGAUAUUUGCAUGUCAUCACCGGAUAUACUUUCAUCUGAUGAUCAUGAUAUGAACAACAUGUCUUCUAAUAAUGAUAAUGAUAACCUAAUUGGCAAUAGUAAUCAUAAUAAUUAUUCGAUUAAUAAUAAUCAUAAUCAUCGUAAUGGUAAUGGUGGUGGUGGUGGUACAUCAAGUUCAUUAUCACGCCGUAGUUGUUCAUCACCAAGUUUAGCUAGUGAAGAUUGUGGCAGUGAUGAUGAAAAUGAUGAUGAUCCACAUGAUAGUAAACGUCGCCGGACACGUACAAAUUUCAAUGGUUGGCAAUUGGAAGAAUUGGAAAAAGCAUUUGAAGCAAGUCAUUAUCCGGAUGUUUUUAUGCGUGAAGCAUUAGCAAUGCGUUUAGAUCUGGUGGAAUCACGAGUACAGGUGUGGUUUCAAAAUCGUCGUGCAAAAUGGCGUAAACGAGAAAAUACGAAAAAAGGACCGGGAAGGCCAGCACAUAAUGCACAUCCGCAAUCAUGUAGUGGUGAACCAAUACCACCGGAUGAGGUUGUUAAACGUGAACGAGAUAAAAAGGAGAAAAAAUUAAAAAAACAAUUGGAACGACAGGCCAAACGUUUGUUGCAAUCGAAAAAUAAACCCGGUGUAAACACUGCCACAUUAGCUGAAGCGAUACAGCAAACAUUAUGUGAAAUACGUUGCCUAAAUAUUUAUGCAAAAGAACCAGAAACUUUGAUUGGCGGUGAAUUAUUCGCCCUAUUAGUUGAUGCAUUGACCACCGAUGGUUGUAAUGAGUUGCUAAAAAAUGUAUUCGAAAAUCGGCAUUCGAAUAUUCAAUCGAAAAAAUCCAUUUCAUCGUCUUCAUCUUCAUCAUCGCCACCACCGCCGCCGCAUUCGAUCAAUUUCAAUAGUUUUAAUGCAGCAGCAGCGGCAGCCGCUGCCGCUGCUGUAGCUGCUGCUGCCAAUAUGAAUGGAUCAAAUGGUAGUUUAAACGCGGUGGCCACUAAUGCUAAUUCACCGAAUAGUUAUUCGAACCAUCAUCAUCUUCAUACAAAUCACCAUUAUCAUCAUCAUCAACAGCAGCAAUCGGAAACAACCAAAACGAAUCCAUUUUCAAUUGAUAAUCUUCUUUCAUCUCGUCAUGUAUCCGGUUCAUUAUUUUCGGCUGCAGCAGCAGCAGCGGCAGCAGCUGCUGCUGCCGCAUCAAUUACACAACCGGCUGGAUUUUUAGUCAAAUCAAAUAAUAAUGGAAUUGUGAUUCCUAAAUGA